AUGGCCGGAGGCAAAGGAAAAGCUGGAAAGGAUUCCGGAAAGUCGAAAUCGAAGAUUGUUUCGCGAAGUGCCCGGGCUGGACUUCAGUUCCCUGUUGGACGUAUUCAUCGCUUUUUGAAACAACGCACCACUUCCAAUGGACGUGUUGGAGCUACUGCUGCCGUGUACAGCGCCGCUAUCUUGGAAUACCUCACUGCUGAGGUUCUCGAAUUGGCUGGUAAUGCCUCAAAAGACUUGAAGGUGAAGCGCAUCACCCCGAGACAUCUCCACCUUGCCAUCCGAGGUGAUGAAGAGCUUGAUACUCUCAUCAAGGCUACCAUUGCUGGAGGAGGAGUAAUUCCUCACAUCCAUCGCUACUUGAUGAACAAGAAAGGAGUUCCACAACCAGGACAACCGAAACCACCAACGCAACAAUAA